GCUACAGCGCCUAACACUGGAGUCCGUGCAGAGAGCUGCAAGCAAAGGAGGCAGCAGGGCAGAUGUCCAUCCGAGGCCGCUGCCAUACCACCAUCCGAAGUGCCACCGCAGCCACCGCCGCCACUCAACCUCCCUCGCGGCUAUUUUGCCCCCCUCGCCGCUUUCCUCGCCGCUUUCCUCGUCGCCCUCGCCGCCAGCCGUGCGCGCCUCGAGCGUACCGCGCCCGCACGGCCACGCGUAGCUGCCGCCCUGACGGGAAACGCGGGCUCGCCCGUGAGUCGGGAAGCGAGACCUCGGUUGGAUAUAGAAUCAAUUCGCUGCGCGUGUGCCGGCCGCGAGUGCUUCGACAGCAGUUGCUUACCGCCAGCCGCUCCAUCUCUCUCUCCCUCUCCCUCUCACCAUCUCGCGGCACCCCUCUUCCAAAUAGUUUUCCGCAUGGCCUCGCACGCCCCGUGCGACACGUCGCAGCAGCCACGGCCGCGACAAUCGGCAGAAGGAAUGAGCGACGCGAUGAGCGACGCUGUGCGAUGGUGCGCGAACGCGGGUGACAUGGAGUGCGCGCUGUUUCUGAUGUCGCGAAUGAAGCAACGCGGCGUGCGACUCAGCGACGCCUGUCUCGACCUCUUCUUCUGCCCCAGCAACGCUCCCCACCACCCCACCUCCUCCCCCUCUCCCCACUAUCCGCCCUCAUACCCCUCUCCCUUUGCCUCACCCCCUCCGGCCUCCACCUCCCCCUCCCCUCCUUCUUCCGCCACCCCUCCUUCCACACCCCCCCCCGCCGCCUGCCCCUCGUUGUCGCCCCCCAGCAAGUGGCGGCGGCAGCAGCAGCGCACGAGGCACGUCAUCCUCCUGCACCCGCCCACGCCGCACUCGCUCUGCCACUCACACCUCACGUAUGCGCCCGCUCCUCGCACCAGCAGCCACUCACACAGUGCCACGUCACAGGAGAACGAACACUGCAGCCCCAGUCCCAGCAUCACCAGCAGCAGCAGUCUUCCCCUCUGUCCCUCCCCCUCCUCUUCCUCCUCCUCCCCCUCCUCCUCCCUCUCCUCCUCCCUCGCUCACACUGAUGACCCUCUUCACGAUUACGACACCGCUGACUCGGCAUGCUCCACAUCAGCGUGGCGGCAUGCCACGUGUCAGGGGGAGCAGCAGGGCAGGGAGGGCUGGAGCGCCGUGCCUGGGGACCUCCUCUUAACCAUUCUGGACCGCACUGACUGCCGCUCGCUGCUGCGCGCCGCUGCCACCUGCAAGGGGUGGGCCGCCGCUGUGUUUGGUCUCACCUCCCAGCUGUCGCUCGCAUGGUGCGAUAAGGCCGCCAACUCCCUGGCGUCCCACCUCGUGCCUCACUUCGCUCGCCUGCAGGUCCUCAAUCUGCGUCGCUGCCCCUCGCUAAGGGAUGCCACGCUGGCAACCAUCGCCUCCAGCUCACCCAUGCUGACGUGUCUGCUGCUCAGUGGCUCCCCCCUCAUCACCGACACGUCCCUGCACGCACUCGCUGCCCACUGCCCCUCACUGCAGGUGCUCGACCUCAGCGCCUGCAGCGCCAUCUCCGCGGCGGGCGUUGCCUCGCUCGCUGCCCACUGCGCUCACCUCAGGGAGCUCUCCCUCUGCGGCUGCCGCCGCGCCGCCACGGACGACGCGCUCAUGGCGCUAGCCCAGGGCUGCGAGUGGCUGGAGGUGCUGAACCUGGGGUGGUGCGAGGGCGUCACGGACCGGGGGGUCACGGCCGUGGCCAGGGGGUGCGGGGGGCUGCGGGUGGUUGACCUGUGCGGCUGCUACCGCAUCUCAGACGCCUCGGUGGUGGCCCUCGCAGCGCACUGCCCCUCGCUGCAGGGCCUGGGGCUGCACUGCUGCCGCCACCUCACCAGCCACGCCAUGCUGGCACUCGCUGAUGGGGCGGCUGCCACGUGGCACUGCCAUGCUGGCAAGCUCGGGCCUUCACAACUAAUAUCUGUUGGAGGAGCGUUUGACAAGUCUGCUGGCAUGAGGAGAAACCUCCCUCCCAGGCUGAACCUGCCUGCCACCCCUCGCAUGGGCGAUGCCACCACGGUGCUCUACUCCCGCCCGCCACGUGCCUCGCAGGGCCUGGUGUCGCUCAACAUCAGCGGCUGCCUGGCCAUCGCCCCCACAGCACUACAGGCCGUGUGUGUGGCGCACCCGCAUCUGCACACGUGCCCAGCGCUGCGCUCGCUCAACACCAGUGGCUGCAUGUCGCUGCAGGCCGUGCACUGCCGCUGUCACCGCGCCACCGCCGGGUGAGGCUGCUGUUGAGCCGAACUCAGAAGAGAGCUCAACCACCCUACCGGCGGCACGCUUUGUGCGUGAGAUAGCAGCAGCGAGGUGCACUGUGGGUAGCAUGCCGUUUGCAAUCAAUGGAGCUGCCAUGGAGCCAAUGGGCUGGUGAGUAACAGUUUGCGAACUUUUCUGAAAACGUUUAACCUUCAAUGAGAUUUGUAAAUAGUGUACAGGAGGUCUCUUGAAGUGGUUAAAGUAUUCACAGUUCUUGCACUCUAAGGAUUGUGUGGCGACGGCAGCAAUAAUUGUCAGCUGCUAGU